UUUAAAAAGUUUUUUUUUUCUUCACUCUUAAAAUGAAAUGUCCGUUAGUUGUGGCUAAUUCGAAUGUAUUCAUCAUCAUUAGUAUUGUUGUCAUCAUCACUAUUUCGACAUGUCAUUGUCGACCAGACAACGAUAAACAACGAAUCAUUCGAAUCAAUUCAUUAGACAGAAUUCAUACUACAGAAAAUCAUCAUCAAUAUGAAUCGAUUAAUGAUGGACGAAUAUUUUUAUAUUAUUUUUUUAAAUAUUAUGAAUUUGUUCGCCAUAAUCUAUCACAAGAAUGUCGACAAUCAUAUGAUUAUUUUCUUGAUAAUUCCAAAGAAAAAUGGGCAAUGAAAAUGAUUGAUUCGAAUUCAGUACUUGAAUCCGGUCUAAUGGAUGGUAAUAUACAAUUUUUUGGUGAAUUUGAUCAAUGUUUAGAUCUAACCAUUGAUCAUUUACCAAAUGGACAGAUACAAUAUUGUACUAUACAAUUUCCGGCAUCAAUUAUUAUGACUAAAAAUGAGAGCGAUACAUUUCCUUCAUUCAUAUUUUCGAUGGUACCACCAACGGCUAGUAUUUGUAUACCGGCUGCAUGUUCAAUGCAUCAUGAUUUACCUGUUAUUCUUAAUGAAUUAUCCAUACGUGAUAAUCAAAAACCAUUGACCAUUACACAAUGUAUCACUAGACAAGAUCUUAAAAUUGGUAAUCGUAUUGAAACAAUUCAUAUGGUUAUUAUUGCAUUAUUUGCAACAAUAUUUACAAUGAUCAUCAUUGGAACAAUAAUUGAAAUGAAUCAAUUGAAUAGAUUAUCAUCAUCAACAUCUGCGAAAAAUUUCAUCAUCCGAUUAUUACUUUGUUUUAGUCUUGCACGUAAUCUUGGUUUUUGUUCAGAACUAAAUCAUAUCAACCAUCGACUAAAACAACAACAACAACAACUCGCACACCACAAAUUGAUUGUUUACACGGGAUUCGUGUCCUUAGUUUUUUAUUUAUCUUAAUCUAUCAUACGUUUACUGAAGCACAGAUUCCAAGUGCUAAUUUAUUAAAAGUUUUGGGUGUUGAACAUGGAUUUCUAUAUCAAUUCAUCACAAAUGCCGCUCUUUGGGUGGAUACAUUUUUCCUUUUA